UGGCUCUCUUCUCUCCCUCCCAACUGCCAACUCAAAAAAAAUCCCCCCUCGCCCCCUCCUCCGCCUCCCGCCGAUCACCUCGCCCGCGGGAAAAGUGCGCCCGGUCGCCCCGCGUCGCCUCCCUGGAGCAUCCGGCGGCGUUUUCGCACCUCCGCUGUCCUGCGUCGGGCACGGAAGGACGCCGAGGUGGCCUCUAGAGCCGGCAGUCUGGGUGGGGGUUUCUCCGCGCGCGCGCGGGGCUUUGACUGUGAGGUGGAGUGAGUAACCGCCAGUCCGCGUCCGCUCCUGCGUCCCCCCGCGUCUCUUAUUGUUGCUGCAGAAGCUUCUAGAAACUUCCCGGCUUGAGCUGCUCGUGUCGUACUAUCAUUCAUGCCGGGUGCCCAGGUGCUUUGAGGAGUUUGGGAACCACUGGCAUGGGCUAGGUCCAGAGCUCGGUUUGCAGGCGGUUGGCGAGAUUUUUUUUUCGGGUUCAAUUCCGCUUAUGCUCCUCGAAUUGAUUGGUGGAAUCGCCGUGCCGAGAGCAGCAAGGUUGCGUGGUGUGUGUGACGGGAAGUGAUUUGCGAUGACGUCCUUGUCGCGGACGCUGUCCCGUGGCGGGCCGAUUCAGCCGCCGGGGCCUCGCCGCAUCCUGAGGACGCAGACUGCUGUGAACCUCGGCGAGCCCAUCUUCGACAGUGAGGUGGUGCCGUCGUCGCUUGUGGAGAUCGCGCCCAUCCUCCGUGUUGCCAAUGAGGUCGAGGCGUCCAAUCCCCGGGUUGCCUACCUCUGUCGAUUCUAUGCAUUCGAAAAGGCCCACAGACUAGAUCCAACUUCAAGCGGCCGAGGUGUCCGACAAUUCAAAACAGCUCUUCUACAACGGCUUGAAAGGGAGAAUGUGCCCACCUUGACCGGAAGGGCCCAAAAGAGUGACGCACGGGAAAUACAGACCUUCUAUCGACACUACUACAAAAAAUAUAUUCAAGCACUUCAAAAUGCUUCUGACCAAGUGGAUCGUGCUCAGCUUACCAAAGCAUACCAGACAGCUAAUGUUCUAUUCGAGGUGUUAAAAGCAGUCACUCAACAGCAUUCGGUUGAAGUUGACCAUGAGAUCUUGGAAACGGCUGAUAAGGUUAAAGAGAAGACAAAGAUCUAUCUCCCUUUCAACAUUCUCCCUCUCGAUCCAGACAGCGGCAAUCAGGAAGUCAUGAAAUUUCCUGAGAUCAAAGCUGCUGCUGCUGCUCUUCGCAAUAUUAGAGGUCUUCCAAUGCCCAAAAGUUAUGAGCGCAAGGUUAACGAGGACCUCUUGGAUUGGCUACAAGCUAUGUUUGGCUUUCAGACAGAUAAUGUUUCUAAUCAAAGGGAGCAUUUGAUUUUACUUCUUGCUAACGUACAUAUAAGAAGAAAUCCAAAGACUGACGAAUAUUCAAAGUUGGAUGACAAUGCGCUGACUGAAGUGAUGAAAAAGCUGUUUAAGAACUACAAGAAGUGGUGCAAGUAUCUUGGUCGCAAGAGUAGCCUUUGGUUGCCAACAAUUCAGCAGGAGGUGCAACAGCGAAAAUUACUCUAUAUGGGUCUGUACCUUCUGAUCUGGGGUGAAGCUGCAAAUUUGAGAUUUAUGCCAGAAUGUAUUUGCUACAUAUAUCAUCAUAUGGCAUUUGAAAUGUAUGGCAUGCUAGCUGGAAAUGUGAGUGCCUUGACGGGCGAAUACGUGAAGCCAGCCUAUGGCGGCGAGAAAGAAGUUUUUCUUAAAAAGGUUGUUACUCCAAUUUACUCUACCAUUGCAAAGGAAGUUGAAAGGAGCAAAAGACAAAAAGGAAAUCAUUCUCAGUGGAGAAACUAUGAUGAUCUGAAUGAAUAUUUCUGGUCUGCAGACUGCUUUCGGCUAGGUUGGCCUAUGCGAGCUGAUGCUGAUUUCUUCAGUCAACCUUUAAAUCCACCAGAUGAAAGAAAUGAAAGCACAUCAAGAGCUGAUAAGCAGAAAGGGAAGGUCAAUUUUGUUGAGCUACGCUCAUUUUGGCACAUAUUCAGGAGUUUUGAUAGAAUGUGGAACUUCUUUAUUCUAGCUCUUCAGAUUAUGGUAAUUCUUGCUUGGAGUGAAGGAGGUUCAUUAGGUAAUAUUUUUGAUCCUCUGGUUUUCAAGGAGACCUUGAGCAUUUUUAUCACUUCUUCUAUACUAAAUCUCGGACAAGCUACAGUUGACAUAAUCUUUAAUUGGAGGGCUAGGAGAACAAUGGAAUUUGCAGUCAAGCUGAGAUAUGUCCUGAAGUUCACAUUGGCAGCAUUGUGGGUGGUAUUGCUGCCAGUUACAUAUGCAUACACCUGGGAGAAUCCAAAGGGAAUUAUUAGGGCCAUCAAACACUGGUUCGGAAAUGGUCAAGAUCACCCGUCGCUCUUUGUCAUUGCAGUAGUAGUAUAUUUAGCACCCAGUAUGCUAGCUGCUGUCCUUUUUGUUUUUCCAAUUCUACGCCGGAAACUCGAAGGUUCAGAUUUCAAGCCCAUGAGAUUGAUCAUGUGGUGGUCUCAGCCUCGCCUAUUUGUUGGUAGGGGAAUGCAUGAAAGCGCUUUCUCACUUUUCAUGUACACCAUGUUCUGGGUUGCUCUUCUUCUGACAAAGCUUGUAUUUAGCUACUAUGUGGAGAUCAAGCCUCUUGUUGUACCUACCAAGGAUAUCAUGAAAUUCCCUAUAACUCAUUUCCAGUGGCAUGAGUUUUUCCCGAGAGCGAAAGGAAACAUUGGUGUUGUGAUUGCUCUUUGGGCCCCAAUCAUUUUGGUAUAUUUCAUGGACACACAAAUUUGGUAUACAAUCUUCUCCACACUACUUGGCGGAAUUUAUGGUGCUUUCCAACGACUUGGAGAGAUCCGCACCCUCGGAAUGCUGAGAUCUCGCUUUGAUUCAAUACCUUUUGCCCUUAAUGAUUGUCUAGUUCCGGUUGAAGCAUCUGGUGCAAGACGGAAGAGAGGUCUAAAGUCUUAUUUACACAACCGUUCCAAUGAGAUGAAGAAUGCAGACAAGGAGAAGCUAGCUGCAAGAUUUGCACAGAUGUGGAAUGAAAUUGUCAGUAGCUUUCGAGAAGAAGACCUUAUAGACAACAGGGAGAAGGAGCUGCUCCUUGUUCCAUAUGUGGCUGAUCAGGGUCUUGAUGUCAUGCAAUGGCCUCCAUUUUUGCUUGCCAGCAUGGUCCCGAUAGCUGUUGACAUGGCUAAAGAUAGCAAUGGAAAAGACCGUGACCUGAAAAAGAGGCUUGAAAAUGAUUAUUAUUUUAGAUGUGCAAUUAAAGAAUGCUAUGCAUCAUUUAAGAACAUCAUCAAUGAUCUUGUACAGGGUGAACAGGAGAAAGGGGUCAUAAACAUUAUAUUUGUGGAGGUUGAAAAGUGUAUUGCUGAGGACAAAGUUAUUACAGAUUUGAAUAUGAAUUCCCUCCCAGAUCUCUACAAUAAGUUUGUUGAAUUGGUAAAAUUCUUGAAAAAGAACGACGAUAAGGACAGGGUCUAUGUCAUAAAGAUUUUUCAAGAUAUGCUGGAGAUUGUAACAAGAGAUAUAAUGGAGGACCAACUUCCUAGUAUUGUGGAGUCGAGUCAUGGUGGUUCAUAUCGAAGGACUGAGGGCACGACGACAUGGGAUCAAGAAUAUCAGUUGUUCCAACCAUCUGGAGCUAUCAAGUUUCCUCUGCAAUUCACAGAUGCGUGGACGGAAAAGGUAAAUAGGUUGGAACUUCUGCUCACUGUGAAAGAGUCUGCCAUGGAUGUUCCUUCAAAUCUAGAAGCCAGAAGGCGUCUUACCUUUUUCACCAAUUCUUUGUUUAUGGAUAUGCCUGAAGCUCCUAAAGUCCGAAACAUGCUUUCCUUUUCUGCGUUGACACCGUAUUACAAUGAGCAUGUUCUUUUCUCUAUAAAAGAGCUUGAGGAGGAAAAUGAAGACGGAGUUUCAACCCUGUUCUACCUACAAAAAAUCUAUCCAGAUGAAUGGAAAAACUUUCAGGAAAGGGUUGGUUGGAAGGAAGAACCUAAUGAAAAUGAAGAACUGAAGGAGGAUCUUCGUCUAUGGGCUUCAUACAGAGGUCAAACACUAACUCGAACAGUUAGAGGCAUGAUGUAUUACCGAAAAGCUUUGGUUCUUGAAGCAUUUCUAGAUAUGGCCAAACAUGAAGAUCUCAUGGAAGGAUAUAAAGCAGCUGAGUCAAUAUCAGCUGAAGAAUGGAAGUCCUUGUUUGCUCAAUGUGAAGCAUUGGCUGACAUGAAGUUCACCUAUGUGGUAUCGUGCCAGCAAUAUGGAAAUGACAAGCGUUCUGCUCUUCCGAAUGCCCAAGACAUAUUACAGCUAAUGAGAACGUACCCUUCUCUUCGUGUAGCAUAUAUUGAUGAGGUGGAAGAUAGAGUAGGAGAAAAGAAAAUAGAGACAGCUUAUUACUCUACUUUGGUAAAGGUUGCCCUAACUAAGGAUUCUGAAUCUGCAGAUCCAGUACAAACUCUUGAUCAGGUUAUCUACCGGAUAAAACUUCCAGGCCCUGCACUGUUGGGAGAGGGAAAGCCUGAGAAUCAAAAUCAUGCAAUAAUUUUCACCCGUGGUGAAGGUUUGCAAACCAUAGAUAUGAACCAGGAUAACUAUAUGGAAGAAGCACUUAAAAUGAGGAACUUGCUUCAAGAGUUCCUUACAGAACAUGGAGUUCGGCAUCCAUCUAUACUUGGAGUUAGGGAGCACAUUUUUACUGGCAGUGUUUCUUCCCUUGCAUGGUUUAUGUCAAACCAGGAGCACAGUUUUGUGACUAUUGGGCAACGGUUGCUUGCAAACCCUCUCAAGGUUCGGUUCCACUAUGGGCACCCAGAUGUAUUUGAUAGGCUUUUCCAUCUAACAAGAGGUGGUGUCAGUAAGGCCUCGAGGAGUAUCAACUUAAGUGAAGAUAUUUUCGCAGGCUAUAACUCAACUCUCCGUGGAGGCAAUGUAACACAUCACGAAUAUGUGCAAGUUGGUAAGGGAAGAGAUGUAGGAUUAAAUCAGAUCUCCAAGUUUGAGGCCAAGGUGGCAAAUGGAAAUGGUGAACAGACUCUUAGCCGUGACAUCUACCGGCUUGGGCACCGGUUCGAUUUCUUCAGGAUGCUUUCAUGCUAUUUCACAACCGUGGGGUUUUAUUUCAGUACAUUGUUGACAGUUGUCACAGUUUAUGUAUUUCUGUAUGGACGCCUUUAUCUCGCUCUCAGUGGACUUGAAGAAGGGCUUUCAACACAACGGAAAUUCAGCCAUAAUCAUGCCCUUCAGGUUGCUCUUGCCUCACAAUCUCUUGUUCAGCUUGGUUUUCUGAUGGCCCUGCCCAUGAUGAUGGAAAUUGGCCUUGAAAAAGGAUUUGGCAAGGCACUGAGUGAAUUUAUAAUGAUGAACCUGCAAUUGGCAUCUGUGUUCUUUACAUUUUCGCUUGGCACUAAGACUCACUACUAUGGACGUAUGCUGCUUCAUGGAGGUGCUCAGUACAGAAGUACUGGUAGGGGCUUUGUUGUCUUUCAUGCUAAGUUUGGAGAAAACUACAGGCUGUAUUCUCGCAGCCACUUUGUUAAAGGCAUCGAAUUGAUGAUUCUGCUCAUUGUUUAUGAACUAUUUGGUCAAUCUUACCGCUCAACCAUUGCCUAUAUUUUUGUUACGUUCUCCAUGUGGUUCCUUGUGUUGACAUGGCUAUUUGCACCAUUUCUAUUCAACCCCUCGGGAUUUGAGUGGGCGAAAAUUUUGGAUGAUUGGUCGGAUUGGAAUAAGUGGAUCAGCAAUCGUGGUGGGAUUGGUGUGUCACCAGAAAAGAGCUGGGAAUCCUGGUGGGAGAUAGAGCAGGAACAUCUGAAGUAUUCAGGAACAAUUGGAAUCUUUGUUGAGAUAAUUUUGUCCCUCCGGUUUUUCAUAUAUCAGUAUGGCCUUGUUUACCACUUAAAUAUCACUCAGAACAACAAAAGUAUCCUGGUAUACCUAAUUUCAUGGCUCGUAAUUUUGGUGGCGUUGCUUAUUAUGAAGGCCGUUUCUGUCGGAAGACGAAGAUUCAGUGCGAAUUUCCAGCUAUUCUUCCGUCUGCUGAAGUUUCUGAUAUUUGUCUCAUUCGCUGCUAUUCUGGUUGUGUCGAUAGUACUUCUUCACAUGACUAUACGGGACAUACUUGUUUGCUUCCUGGCAUUCUUGCCUACCGGAUGGGGAAUACUACUGAUCGCUCAAGCCUGCAAGCCUCUUGUUCGGCUAGUAGGGUUAUGGGGAUCUGUUCGUGCCCUUGCACGGGCAUAUGAGGUAAUUAUGGGGGUGCUUCUGUUUACACCAAUUACCGUUCUGGCAUGGUUCCCUUUUGUUUCUGAGUUCCAGACACGGAUGCUAUUUAACCAAGCGUUCAGUAGAGGACUACAAAUUUCCCGAAUUCUUGGCGGUCAGAAGAAGGAACAGGCCUCUCGCAACAUAGACUAACUUAGUCCUUGUGCUCAAAUGCCUGCAAUUUUUCAAGAUCUGAUAUUUCAGCGUGCUCAGGUUGUAAAUAUUCCACAGGGUAUAUAGUACUGUAGUAUAUUUCUUGUGAUUACAGCUUCAUAAGGUUAUGAAAAUGUAUCACCUUUCUGUUAAAAUUGCAACACAAGGGAUUGUAAUUGGAUAUAUGCAACUUAUUGUGUAAAUAUUAGUGAUGAUGAGUACUAGUUCAGGACAUUGGUCCUUGAUUACUUCCACCGUUUCAGGAA